AAGACAGCACAAAUAAAAUGGCGACGAUGGCGUAUUAACCAAAACACAAACAAGCUUCGAAACGAUCGACUCGCGAAGAAAAUAACUAGGUUUACGAAGGAAAUACACCUGACUCAGCAUUUUCUUCGAUUUUACCAAGACAAAUAACUAAAAGAUGAUGCAGGCAGAUCCAGUCAUGGCCGAGCAGACCAGCGCCAACUCUGAGGGCAUUGUGGGCCUGGAUGAGCCCAAGAAGAUGACCAGGGAGGACUGGAGGAAGAAGAAGGAGCUGGAGGAGCAGAGGAAGCUCGGAAACGCACCAGCUGAGGUGGACGAGGAGGGAAAAGAUAUUAACCCUCACAUCCCACAGUAUAUUUCAUCAGUGCCGUGGUACAUCGACCCAUCCAAAAGGCCCACGCUAAAGCAUCAGAGACCACAGACUGAAAAUGAGAAGCAGUUCUCAACUGUUGGAGAGUGGUACAAGAGAGGAGUGCAGGAGAACACCGUUUCCACUAAAUUCCGAAAGGGCGCCUGUGAAAACUGUGGGGCCAUAACGCACAAGAAGAAAGACUGUUUGGAGAGACCCAGAAAAGUUGGGGCCAGAUACACAGGAACAGGCAUAGCUCCAGAUGAACARGCUCAGGUUCAGCUCUCGUUGGACUACGAUGGGAAACGUGAUCGCUGGAACGGCUAUGACCCUGAGGAGCACCAGCGCAUUGUUGAGGAGUACGCCAAAGUGGAUCUGGCCAAAAGGACUCUGAAAGCACAGAAACUUCAGGAUGAGUUGGCCUCWGGAAAACUUGACCAAACCGAACGGGAACAUGACAGCGAAGGCGAGGAUGAGGAUAAAUACGCAGAUGACAUCGACAUGCCCGGUCAGAACUUUGACUCUAAGAGACGAAUCACUGUCAGAAAUCUGCGUAUUAGAGAAGAUACGGCUAAGUACUUGAGAAAUCUGGAUCCAAACUCUGCAUACUACGAUCCAAAGACCCGAGCCAUGAGGGAGAACCCGUACUCUAACACUGGCAUGAACCCUGAUGAAGUGGGGUACGCUGGAGACAACUUUGUUCGCUACUCCGGGGACACGAUCAGCAUGGCUCAAACACAACUUUUUGCUUGGGAGGCGUAUGAGAAGGGCUCUGAGGUCCACCUGCAGGCCGACCCCACCAAGCUGGAGCUGCUCCACCGCUCCUUCAAAGUUAAGAAGGAGGACUUUAAAGAAAUGCAGAGGGAGAGCAUCCUGGAGAAGUACGGGGGUCAGGAGCACCUGGACGCUCCGCCGCGGGAGCUGCUGCUGGCUCAGACGGAGGACUACGUGGAGUACUCCCGUCACGGCGCCGUCCUGAAAGGACAGGAGAAGGCCGUCGCCCGCUCCAAAUACGAGGAGGACGUCCUAAUCAACAACCACACAUGUAUUUGGGGCUCGUUCUGGAAGGAUGGCUUCUGGGGGUACAAGUGCUGUCACUCCAUGGUCAAACAGAGUUACUGCACAGGAGAAACCGGGGUUCAGAUAGACAAUUCAGACUGCGUUCCAUUUGAUGAGGGAGUAACAGAGACGCAGAACGAAGAACAGCCGAAGACUUUAUUGGAGAUGCAUCAAGAAAAGAUGAAAGACAAGAAGAAGAAAAAGAAGAACAAAAAGAACAAGAAGCACAGCUCCGACAGCAGCGACUCAGAGGAUGAAGAAAAGAAGAAGGAGAAGCUGAAAAAGGCUCUGGAAGCUGAGGACAAGCGAGUGAAACAAGUGGAAACGAUGAUGCAGCUGGAUGAGAGGAAGAGGCCGUACCACAGCCUGAAGGAGGUGAAAGCUCCAACCGAGGAGGAGCUGGAGGCCUUUAGGAUGAAACGCUGCCGGCCCGAUGAUCCCAUGGCUUCUUUUCUCGGACAGUGACCUCAUCUUUAUCCCUGAUGGAAAAAACAAUAAUAAUAACUUAAAAAUGUUAAGAACAUCCUGUACAGUAUUUGACUAAAUUUAUUCACAAACAAUUAUGCUUCUUAGAGAUUCUGCAGAAAACUGUUUUGUAUGAUUUUGAUUUGUUUUCUCAGCCUUUAGUCAUGACUGGAAUCUGUUCUACUGCUUUAGAAAAAGGCAUUUUAUAAUAAACUUGUAUUUGUCUAAAA